CCCCCUUUUGGCUGCAUGCUUAAAAAGCUCCCUCCUCCUUGUGUCCAGAGAGGGCUGGCAGGCAGACACAGCAGAAUUCCAGGCGAGCCGGCCGCUGUCCUUGCAGUAGAAGAUCACAGGGACCUUGCAAUGAUCUCGCUGGAUUUUAAUUUUAACAUUUUGACAAGAGACCUGUCACACUAUUUGGAGAAUCAAGUGAAAGUGGGGCUGUUCGGUUCGGGAGUGGGGCUGUCAUUAGUGUUGGGCUUUAGCGCGGCGUACACCUGCUACUAUUUGAUUUCGGUUGCAAAGAAACCUCAGCUUAUUUCUGGAGGGAAGAAGUUCUACCAGUUUCUGCGGGAGCAAUGUCCGGUGGUGUCAGAGACGUACUAUCCGACCUUUUGGUGCUGGGAGAGCCGCAUCCAGACUCUGCUCCGGCCGUUUGUCACUGCCAAACCCGGAGUCGUCUACAGAAAUGAGCUUAUUAAGGCAGCAGAUGGAGGGCAGAUAUCCGUGGAUUGGUUCGACAACGACGAGAGCCUCUCUCAUCCCGAUCCCGCCACCAGGCCCACCGUCCUCCUCCUCCCGGGUCUGACCGGCACCAGCAGAGAGUCCUACAUCUUGCACAUGGUCCAGCAGAGCCGGGAUCUGGGUUAUAGAUGUGUGGUUUUCAACAACAGAGGCGUUUCCGGUGAAACGCUACUGACCCCCAGGACCUACUGUGCAGCCAACACUGAGGACCUGGAGAUAGUAAUCGAGCACGUCCAGAGAAGCUAUGCAGCGGCUCCCAUCAUGGCUGCCGGGGUCUCCAUGGGGGGGAUGAUGCUGGCCAACUAUUUGGGGCGCAAGGGCAGAGAAACCUGCCUAAAGGGGGUGGUGGUCUUCUCAGCGGGCUGGGAUGUGUUUGAGUGCACAGCUUCAUUGGAAAAACCCCUGGAUCGCUUCCUCUUCAACUCCUACCUCACCAGCUGCCUACAGGCGUCUGUGCACAGACACAGGCCAGUGCUUGAAAAGUGUUACGACAUCGAUCACGUCAUGAAGGCUCGGACCAUCCGAGAGUUCGAUGAGAGGUUCACCUCCAUCAUGUUUGGUUACCGCACCAACGACGACUAUUACCACGAUGCCAGUCCUGUCCACAAGCUGAAAUCUGUGCAGGUGCCAAUGCUUUGUCUGAACGCCGCUGAUGACGUUUUUUCUCCAUCUCACGCCAUUCCAGUGGAGGCAGUGAAGCAGAAUCCCAACCUUGCCUUGCUCAUCACCUGUCACGGCGGCCAUAUUGGUUUCCUGGAGGGUCUGUGGCCGCGACAAAGCACUUAUAUGGACCGAGUCUUCAAGCAGUUUGCGAAGGCGGUCUUUGAAAAGGGAAACCAACUCAAAGACCUUUCCUGAUAAAAGAACUUGACUAAAGUGUUCCUUCACUUUC